UCGCAAAAACUUUUCGUAGAGUCGAGUGCACUUCAAUCUGAUAAAAUAAAAAACUGAAAUAUAUAUAAAAAUGUUGCAAAGCUGGACAAGAUUGGCCACAGCCUGCGCCAAAAUUGGCUUAAAGCAUGGACCUCAAUCAGGACAUGCUAUGUAUUCAUUGCACGCUCGUGCCUUGCAUGCUGGCCAAUUGCUCUUUAGAUGCAGCGCCUCAGAUGGCAAGGAUCCCUGUGACACGACCGACAAGGAACGAGAGGCUAUCCUUCAGCAUGUAAGCAGCAAGUGUGAGAAGGAUCCCUGUAGCAAGGUCGUAGAUCCUUGUGAGGGCGUGGUUAAGGAUCAUGUUGGCGGCAGUGACAAAGGGGACAAGUCCUGUGAGCCUUCCAAGUCAAAGGACAAACCCAAGAAAAGUGGCGAUGGCAAAGGUAAAGCCGAUUUGGCCGAUUUGCUUACCAAGCGUAAGGAGGGUGUUAUACACGCCGUUAUUGGACCCGUAAUCGAUGUAUACUUUCCCGAUGAGGUGCCUGAGGUGAUGAACGCCAUGGAGAUUAUGGAUGCAUCUAUUGAACAUCUGGUGGUUGAGGUUUUCCAUCAUUUGGGCAACAACGUGGUGCGUGGCGUGGCCAUGGACUCCACUGAGGGUCUGCGUCGUGGCCAGAGAGUGGUCGAUACUGGCUUUCCCAUUAGAGUGCCUGUGGGCAAGGCGGUGCUGGGUCGCAUCAUCAACGUUGUGGGUGAUCCUAUUGAUGAGCGUGGUGAGGUAAAGAGCGACUUCUACUCGUUUAUUCAUAAUGAGGCGCCUACUUUGGAGGAGCUGAGCGUCAAGCCAGAGAUACUUGUAACUGGCAUUAAGGUUAUUGAUCUGCUGGCACCCUAUGUCAAGGGCGGCAAGAUUGGGCUGUUUGGCGGCGCCGGCGUGGGCAAAACUGUGCUCAUCAUGGAGCUCAUCAACAACAUUGCCAAGUCACAUGGUGGCUACUCUGUGUUUGUGGGUGCUGGCGAGCGCACGCGCGAAGGCAACGAUUUGUACCAUGAGAUGAUCGAGUCCAAGGUAAUCUCACUGGAAAAUGAUAGCUCAAAAGUAGCGCUGGUCUAUGGGCAGAUGAAUGAGCCCCCAGGCGCCCGCAGUCGCGUGGUGCUCACGGGUCUAACCAUUGCCGAGUACUUCCGUGACGUAGAUGGCCAGGAUGUGCUGUUAUUCAUAGACAACAUCUUCCGCUUUACUCAGGCUGGAUCGGAGGUGUCUGCUCUGCUGGGACGCAUACCUUCCGCUGUGGGCUAUCAGCCAACGCUAGGAACUGACAUGGGCACAAUGCAGGAGCGCAUUACCAGUACCAAGAAUGGCUCUAUUACCUCUGUCCAGGCUGUCUAUGUACCAGCUGAUGAUUUAACAGAUCCUGCGCCAGCUGCUACCUUCUCCCACUUGGAUGCAACUACCGUGCUGUCGCGUCCCAUUGCUGAGCUGGGCAUUUAUCCAGCUGUCGAUCCGCUGGACUCCUCCUCGCGCAUUCUCGAUCCAGAUAUUGUGGGUGAGGAGCACUACAAUGUGGCUCGUGCGGUGCAGAAGACGCUGCAGGGCUAUAAAUCUCUACAGGAUAUUAUUGCUAUUUUGGGCAUGGAUGAGCUUUCUGAGGAAGACAAGCUAACUGUGGCUCGUGCACGUAAAAUGCAGCGCUUCCUCUCACAGCCAUUCCAAGUGGCCGAGGUAUUUACUGGCUCUCCGGGCAAGAUGGUGCCUAUAGAGAAGUCCGUUGAUGGCUUCAAGCGCUUGCUCAAUGGCGAAUAUGAUGACAUACCGGAAAUUGCUUUUUACAUGGUCGGUGAUAUUGACGAAGUGCUGGCCAAAGCCAAUACACUGGCCGCCAGCAUGGCAGCAGAUGGUACAACUAAGGCGCCGCCUAAAGGUGAUAAAGACAAAAAGAAGGAAGGUAAGGAUGAGAAAAAGGCUGAUGCACCCAAGGCGGACAAGGAUAAAAAACCAGAGCCACCUAAAGCUGAAGCCAAGAAACCAGAUGCACCCAAGAAAGAUGAGCCACCAAAAGACAAGAAGUAAAAUUGAAUAAGCUACAACUUUUUACUCAUUUUUUAAACGCUCCAAAAAAUGCAAAAAUGUCAUGAAAUAAAGAAUAAUUA